UAAACAUUAGAAAACUCCAUCUGUCAACAAGUGCUAGGAACCAACAAUGCCUCGUACAGAACGAGGAGUUAAAAGGAAGAGAGACACCGAUGAAAAUCCUCCUAAAAUAAACAGCAACAAAACUCAAAGCAAAACUGAACAGAAGGCAAACUCAUGCUAUACUCACUGGUUGAUGAAAUCGGAACCUGAAAGUCGAAUAGAAAAAGGAGUGGAUGUGAAGUUUGGCAUAGAAGAUCUGAAAGCUUGUGAGAAUCAAACAGCCUGUUGGGAUGGAGUAAGGAAUUAUCAGGCUAGAAACUUUAUGCGAGAUGACAUGAAGCUAGGACAAAAGAUGUUUUUCUACCACAGUAACACAAAGGUCCCAGGCAUCGCUGGAAUCUGUGAAAUUGUGAAGGAGAGUUAUCCAGACCAUACACAGUUUGACCCAAAGGACAUACACUAUGAUUCGACUGCACAGAAGGAAAAUCCAAGAUGGUUCAUGGUUGACGUGAAAUUUGAAAGAAUGCUCAAGAGAUUCAUCCCACUAACAGAACUUAAACAGCUGUAUCAAGAACACAAAGAUUCUGGAGGUCCCCUGGCCAACAUAGCCCUUUUUACCAGGGCCCGUCUGUCUGUACAGCCCCUUACCACAGAAGAAUGGAACUUCAUUUUGAAUCUGGAGGAUGAGGAUCCAGAGUGAUGAUCAAGUUUGAGAGUGACAACAUUGGUUUAUAAUCUACUAUGAUGUAUCUGUGCUGGUUACACCAGAGCACCUGUCAGUGGAAGUACUGAGAACUUGAAAAUAUUUCCAUACACUAAAUUAAAAUUGCUUGCAUGGAAAACCGAAAUUCAAAUAUUUCUGGAUUAUAUGCACUGGAGUGUGCAGAUCCAAUCAUGCAUUGAAUUUUCUGUUAUUUUUGAGGCUUCUCGAUGGAAAGAUGUUUUUCUAGAAUAUAACCCUAGAGCCACAAAUCUUACAUAGCAUUUUAAGUGUUGGAGCUAGUUGAUAACCAUUGUGACAUUACUUUUCAACUUGACAGCAGUUUGCACAAAUUUUUAUUGAUGAAGAGGUCCUUAUGAAAGAUUAAGCAUGUUAAUAUCUUUUUAAUGUGCAUAUAGUUGAACUUUCAGGUAACAUCGCAAUUUUUUUUUCUGUCUUCAGGAGUAUGUAGAUCAUCAUUGAAGAACAAAUGUUUACUUGAUUGUGUAAUUAAUGUAAGGAAACUGUUAUGUAAAUUGUCAUCUGUAAGUUGUUUGUUUUAAGUUUUCAAUUAAUAAAGUUUCAUCAAUAAAAUG